CUGAAGCAAAAGACCUCCAUUUAAAACUCAACAUUCAGACCUAGAAUUUGGUUCCCAACUUCUUAACCCUAAGCUCUACUUGAGUUUGGUUCAGAUGGGCAGUAAAAAGAGAAGCUCCAGUUCCAUGGAAGCCGCAGCUGAUGCUGUUGGUGAUGGUGGUGUUAGUAGUUUAAAGAAAUCGAAGAAUGGCAAAACAAAACAUGAGAUAGCAGAAGCUCCUGGCCCUUCUUCUACUGGUCCCACUACCGCCAAACCCAUGGAGAGACAAAAGAAAAGAAAAGCUUUGGACAAAGAGAGACGUUACCACACUGAAGAGACCAAACCCAAAGAAGCCAAGCCCAUAACAAUGGAUAUAGAAUCGAAAACUGAGGUACCCAUUUCAUCUUCAGCUACUGGGGUUCUGCCGGAGUUCCAUGUGGGUGUGUUUAAAGACUUGGCUUCGGCUGAUGGGUCUGUUAGAGAAGCUGCGGCGGAAGCUUUGGCUAUGGAGUUGGUGGAAGUGCAGAGAGCUUAUGAUGGGCUUGAGAAUAAAGAGUUGGUUGAAGGUGGAGUGAAGUUGGAGGCUGAGAAGGAUGAUGGGUUGAAUGAUUGUGCGCCUUCGUUGAGAUAUGCUGUGCGGAGACUCAUUCGGGGUGUUUCUUCCUCAAGAGAGUGCGCAAGACAAGGGUUUGCGUUAGGUCUAACUACUUUAGUAAGUACCAUUCCCAGCAUCAAGGUGAACUCAUUGCUGAAACUCAUUGUUGAUUUCUUAGAGGUGUCUUCGUCAAUGAAGGGUCAGGAACAAAGGGAUCAUCUUUUGGGUCGCUUAUUUGCUUAUGGUGCUCUUGCCCGAUCAGGAAGACUAGCUGAGGAGUGGGUUUCUGAUAGAAAUACUCCGCUCAUAAAGGAAUUCACUAGUCUUCUCAUUGCCCUUGCAUCAAAGAAGCGAUACUUGCAAGAGCCUUCCGUUUUGGUUAUUUUAGACUUGAUUGAAAAGUUGCACUCAGAAGCCUUGCUGAAUCAAGUUCUAGAGGCCCCAGGACUUCAUGAGUGGCUUGAAGGAGCUAUUGAAGUUGGAAAUCCUGAUGCUUUGCUUCUGGCUCUGAAAAUCAGAGAAAAAGUUUCUGCUGACAGUGCAAGAUUUGGGAGACUUUUGCCAGAUCCAUUCACUCCGAACAAACUUUUUGCUGCUGACCAUCUGUCUUCUCUUGCUAAUUGCUUGAAGGAAUCAACUUUUUGUCAGCCUCGUGUACACAAUGUGUGGCCUGUUCUGGUAAACAUUCUUCUACCUGAUAGAGUCUUGCAGGCUGAAGAUGCAAUGUCUGUUUCAAAUUCCUUAAAGAAGCAUAAAAAGAAUCGAAAGUCUAGCUCUUCUGACGAAGAGAUUGCAAAGAACUUCCAGUGCUUCUGCGAGGUGAUUAUUGAAGGAUCCCUUCUCCCAUCAUCUCAUGACCGCAAACACUUGGCCUUUGAUGUUCUGCUUCUUCUCCUACCAAGGUUGCCUGCAUCUUUUAUUCCGAUUAGUCUGUCUUCCAAACUUGUUCAGUGCAUGAUUGAUAUACUUUCUACGAAGGAUUCUUGGCUCUAUAAAGUUGUGCAACAUUUUCUUAAAAAAUUAUCUGAUUGGGUUGGGAACGAUGAUGUGAGAAGGGUUUCUAUCAUUGUGGCUUUACAGAAACACAGCAAUGGUAAAUUUGAUUGCAUUACACGAACAAAAACAGUUAAGGAUCUGAUGGCAGAUUUCAGAACUGAAUCUGGUUGCAUGCUGUUUAUUCAGAACUUGUUGAACAUGUUUGUGGAUGAAAGUCAUGCUUCUGAGGAACCUUCAGAUCAGAGUCAAACAACGGAUGACAAUUCAGAGAUAGGUUCUGUUGAAGACAAGGAUUCAGUUGGAACCAUGGGAAAUUCGGAUUUUUUGAAAACAUGGAUUGUUGAAUCCCUCCCUGGUAUAUUGAAAAAUUUGAAGCUGGAUGCUGAAGCAAAGUUUAGGGUUCAAAAAGAAAUUUUGAAGUUUCUAGCAGUUCAGGGAUUGUUCACUGCAUCUCUUGGCACUGAACUGACAUCCUUUGAAUUAGGAGAGAAAUUUAGGUGGCCGAAAGCAGCCACCUCGAGUGCUCUUUGCAGGAUUUGUAUUGAGCAGCUCCAGUUAUUGUUGGCAAAUGCUCAGAAAGGAGAGGGGCCACGUGCUUUGCCAAAUUGCCUUGAGCCAAAUGAUCUUGGCUCGUACUUUAUGCGGUUUCUUAGCACUUUGUGCAAUAUUCCUUCAAUUUCUCUCUUUCGGCCUUUGGAAACUGAAGAAGAAGACACGCUGAAAAAAAUACAAGGAAUGGAAACUUCACUUUCAAGAGAGGAAAGGAAUUGUGGGCUUAGUGGCGAUGCAAUUAGGUUGCAUGCAUUAAGAUACUUGCUCAUCCAGCUGCUUUUGGAAAUGCUCCUUCGACCAAAGGAAUACUUAGAUGCAGUCUCUGAGCUUAUUAUAUGUUGUAAGAAAGCUUUCCCUGAUCUCCUUGAUUCUCCUGGAGAAGAUGGCUUGGAUGGUGAUGAUAAUCCUGCGGUAAUGGAUGUUCUUGUGGAUACAUUGCUUUCAUUGCUGCCACAGUCAUCAGCUCCUAUGCGAACUUCUAUUGAGCAGGUUUUUAAAUCCUUCUGUGAUGAUAUCACGGAUGAUGGUCUGUUGCGGAUGUUGAUGGUCAUUAAGAAGAACUUGAAACCUGCUAGACAUGAGAAGAAGGCUGAUAGGGACAACGUUAGUGACGACGACAAUGACGAUGAUUUUAUUAACAUUGAAGAAGAUGAGGCCAUUGAUGCUGAGACAGGUGAAACAGGUGAGAGUGAUGAGCAGUCUGAUGACUCUGAGGCUGACUCUGAGGCUGUUGAUGCCGUUGAGGAAGUUAUCAAAGAAAUUCCUGAAGCUUCUGAUGAGUCUGAUGGAGGAUGGGAUGAUGAUACAAUGUUCCGGAUGAAUGCUGAGUUUGCCCAGAUGUGCAAAGCAAAAAAGAAUGUAGCUGGGGCUGACACUGCGCAUCACCAACUCAUGCUGUUUAAGCUUCGUGUUCUGUCGUUGCUAGAAAUUUACCUACAUGAAAAUCCAGGCAAACCACAGGUUUUGUUGGUGUACUCAAACUUGGCUCAGGCAUUUAUUGAACCUUCUACUGCAGAAAGUAGUGAACAGCUUGGACAGCGUAUAUGGGGAAUUCUGCAAAAGAAGAUAUUUAAAGCAAAGGACUAUCCUAAGGGUGAAGAUGUGGAGCUACGCACCUUAGAAUCUUUGUUGCAAAAGAACUUAAAGUUGGCAUCAAAACCAAUCAAGAGAAAGAAAUCUGCAGCCAACCUGCCCAAGAAGAAACAGUCAGCCUCCUGGAACCGACCCAAAAUGAUUUCUGCCCUUGCACAGAGCUCCACUUUCUGGAUUUUGAAGAUAACUGAAGCAAAAGGUUUUUCAGAGACUGAGCUGCAGGGUGUUUUUGAUAUUUUCCGGGGUGUUCUAGUAGAAUAUUUCAGUAGUAAAAAGUCUCAAAUCAAAUCUGAAUUUUUGAAAGAAAUAUUUAGAAGGCGGCCAUGGAUAGGGCACCAUCUUUUUGGUUUCCUUUUGGAGAAAUGUGGCAGUUCAAAGUCAGAUUUCCGACGAGUAGAAGCACUGGAUUUGGUGAGUGAAAUAUUGAAGUCCCUGGGUUCCACUGAUGGAAGCGGCCAGGAAGCAUUGAAGAACAUUAUGAAAAGCCAUCUACAGAAACUCUGUCGUUUGGUAGAGCAAUUGUUGACAAAUAUGCCAGAAAAGCAGUCAAGACGGGCUGAAGCGCGGAAGUUUUGUAUCAGGAUUCUUCAGAUGAUAACAACCCUUAAGCUGACCAAGUCUUUCCUUAAAAAUUUAGCCCCAGAUGCUCAUACCAAGUGCGAAUCGCAACUUGGUGGUCAAUUUAUUAAUAUGAAGAAGAUAGUGAAUGAGUAAAUGUGCUGAGCCUCAUGAAUUGAGUUAUGUUUCCUGUGUAUGUUUAGUCGGGGACAACUGAAAGUACUUUGUGCUAAUACCAAUCACCAAUUUUGACUUUUGGAACAAGGUUGAGCAGAUAUCUACUGUUUGCCUCAAUUUUUCUGAGGAAGGUACGUUUAUAACUGAGAAGAAUUUUGCAGUUGAAGCAUUUUUCAAGUUUUUUGUGUGAUUCCAUUUAGUAGGUCACUUUUACGGUUUAUGAGUUAUAGUUUUCAAAUCGUUUUAUGAGUUAUGUCAUAGCAGACAAUUAUUUGUGCAACUAUCUUUAAUUGAAUAGCCUCCUGGCACUUGAAUCCCAACUCUCUUCUGUUGUCA